CUCUUAUUCGGCCCUCCCUUUCCAAUCAGCUCAGGCAGAGCUCGCAAAUAGUCAUUUCCGGGAAACCGGCGGUUGCUUUGUGGGGUGCAACAUGGAGACGACUAGUGGAACUGUUGAACCGGUUUCCGGGGACCUGGUGUCUGUGGCACAUGCUCUUUCUCUCCCAGCCGAGUCUUAUGGCAAUGAUCCUGAUAUUGAGAUGGCUUGGGCCAUGAAAGCAAUGCAGCAUGCUGAAGUCUACUACAAGCUGAUUUCAUCAGUUGACCCACAGUUCCUGAAACUCACCAAAGUGGAUGACCAAAUCUAUUCAGAGUUUCGGGAAAAUUUUGAGAAACUCAGGAUAGAUGUAUUGGAUCCAGAAGAGCUCAAAUCAGAAUCAGCUAAAGAGAAGUGGAGGCCAUUCUGCUUGAAGUUUGAUGGGAUUGUAGAAGACUUCAACUAUGGUACUUUGCUGCGACUGGAUUGUUCCCAGGGCUACACCGAGGAAAACACCAUCUUUGCCCCCAGGAUACAAUUUUUUGCCAUUGAAAUUGCUCGGAACCGGGAAGGCUAUAACAAAGCAGUUUACACCAGUGUUCAUGACGAAGAAGAGAAAGAAGGCAACCAUGGAAGAGAGGAAGGAACUGACAGUGGACGGGCAGAAGAGAAAGGAGCCAAAAGAGAAAGAGAAAAAGCAAAAACCAAUAAAGGAGAAGAAAAAGAACAAGGAGCCAACAAAGAAAUCAGCAGGAGUGGUGAAACAGCUAUGUAAGGUAGACAAGGAAUAGCACUCUGGAAGCUGUGACUCAGCUAAGUCUAUAGAUACUAUGAUGCUACUUGCACAGACCCUAGUGGUUAAAUGUAUGUCCUUGUGCAAUUGAAAGACAUACAGAAGGACAUUCUUUCUAGCUAAUAAUCAUGAGCUACUCCAGUUGUUCUCUUGUAUGAGCCAGCUUAAAGACUAUUAGUGGGGUCUUAGUUGAGCAUUUCUUGGUAUAGUGUUUCUUGGUUCUCACCACUGGUCAAGUAAGAAAUUUUAUGAAUAAAUUUCUUUUGGUUCUUAGGACUAUAUCUGUAAUUGACUUUUAAAAGAUAUUUCAAAUUAUUUGACACUUCAGGUUUUUUUCAGGUAUAUAAUCUCUUUGUCAUGUCUUAAUAUAAAGUGAUUUAUGCCUGUUUUUAAAUGCUUAUUAUUGUUUCCUGCAGUGAAGUUUCCUCAGGCCUGUUAAGCUGUGUAUAUGGUUUGGGGAUUAGAAGUUCCUAUGUAACAGUUAAUUCCUGCUAUUUGAGUAAGUAUAGCUUUCUGAUUUUCUUUGAUAUAUGUGGCAAAAUAUUUGAUGAAUACUCUGUGGAGAUAAGAGCUGGGGCCUGAACCUGUCAGACCGGUGAAUGCAGCCCAGUUCACAUUAGAAGAGCAGGACACUGGACCUGCUUCAGGACCUGCUUCUCUUCUGGUACCGAAGUUGUUACCUGAAAGCUAGCAGAAAUUAAUAAGUAUAAAGCCUGGUAGAGUGACUUCCCUUUUAUAAUGCUAUGGACAAUAGCAUACAUUUACAUAGUAAUGUAAAAUGAACAUUUUUAAAUGAUACUUCGCCAGACUCCAAAAAUGGACCAGUGAUUUUGUAUAGAUGGAGGGGUUUCUUCUCAUCUGAUGACUUUUAGGAGUGCAUGUUUCAGUUAUCUUUACAGAUGUAUAAAGGUUUGUGCAUGUCCCCAUAAACCCUCUGACCUUGAUUGCUAAAACUAGUUAGAGGAAGCCACAAUGUUUAUAGUGCAUACAGCAAAUACUCUGAAAACUCAAACCACAGCAUGGUCAUUCAAGAAAAGAUUUAUCAGAGCGGAGAAGGGGGAGAAGUGAGGUUUUUUUUUCCCCUGGUGGACACAGAAUAAAAAUAAAAGUUAAACUUAACUGAUGAAUUAUUUUCUAGGCAAGAGCUGAACUAGAGAUACAUACAACUAGCAGCAACAACUGUGCACAAAGCUAGGUUUCUCUAUGGAUUCUUUUUAGCUAAUUCUUAAAAAUAUUUAAAACAUUUGUUAGACUUUUCAUUUUACAAAAAAUACGCUUUGAAAUGGGUAGGGGAGUGUUAAAUACUUCAUACUAGACAGAUUUUUAAAAAUCAAACUUCCUUUACUGUAUUGACUUUGUCUAGUUCAUACAUUCUUAAAUAUCCAUGAACAUGUGUCCAUACACAUUGCCUGAGGGACUGGGGAAGAAUAAAGAUUACUGGCUGCAUACGA